GGGCGCGGGCGAAGGAGGCGUUGCUCCCGUCCGGCACGUUCGCCCAGUCCGAGGACCCGGAGGGGGACCUGGGGCUGGGUCGUUGCCUCGUCGCGCUGUUCUACACCUUGAUAUUCGGCAUGUUCCUGUACACCAUGGGGUCCGCGGACCACGUCUUCAAAACGGGCAAAGUUGGGGUGACCAGGGAAACGUUCAAGCACGACACGUUCGAGACGCCAUCCGUAGCUUUCUGCCCGUUUUUUGCCAACACUACCGUGGUGAUGCCGAAGGACACCGCCAGGAUGGUGACCGCGGAGAUGUUCACCCCUUCGGGCGGCCGCAUGCUCAAGCCGAAUAUCAAAACGUGCAAGUUUGACCGCACCUGCGUGUGUGCUGACAUGCACGAAUAUCGUUUGACCGAUCACACGCACAGGGAUGCAGGCCAUCUUGGAUACGGGGCCGGGGAGUCCGAGCGGGCGACCGAGUUCAGAGAGAAGGUGGCAUUCGAAACUACUCUCGUCGAUCCCUCUCCAGACAAGGUUUUCAAAGUUGGCUUGUACACCGAAUUCGACGAAGUGCCCAGCUGGGCCUAUGCUCGACAGGGCGCGUACACCAUGAUGUCCUUGGAAGUCGAGCUUUUUUAUGUGACAGACAUGUCUCACUACUCGAUCUGGGAAUUUCUGAAGGGUGACGUGCACGCCUUCGUGAGACCGCGGCAGAUGUUCAAUAUUAAUUCGCAGCAGGUUGGGGGUGAGAGCCUCGGGCCGAACAUCACAAGCCAAGUCGUCUACCAACUGAGAACCUACUACAUCGAAGAGGCGGUGGUCAGCGAAAGCGCCGUCUCGCUCUACACCCUGGGGUUCCUGGCACUCUGGAUCCUUGGGCAGAGAGCGCUCACCGGCCUCUUCAUCGAGGCGCUGAUGCCCGCGAAGGCCGAGGACCCCGAUCGGGUCCAGGCGCGCGAGCUGCCGGGCUGGCUGUCCUGCGGGCUGUGCCGGCCGCUUCGUGGCUGCGCCGCGUGCUGCCUCGGGGGGCGCAGGGGCGAGGCGGCAGAGCGGGGAGCGCCCGGCGAGGGGUCCCCGCUGCUGGCGUGACCGUGCGAGCGCCUGUCGGCGGCGAGCUUGGGGCGCCCGAUCCUCAUCGGGGAGGCGUGCCAAGAUCUCUGGCGUUGUAGUCGGCUCCCUCACGGCAGUUCUCUUCGAGCUCGGUAAACAACGCCCGACUUCAACUUAGGGAGUUGAGCUGGCCCUCGCGUGCGCCCUCCCUAUGCGACCUCGGCUGCCGCCCGCGCGGGGCCCGCCCCGGUCACGCUUCCAGAGGGGCGCCACGCUCUGCGCAGGCUCGAGAGCGCCAUCCAGGAGCGGUGCAGCAUGCAGAAUUGUAGGGGACCAAAAGUGACAUAAACGUAAAAACUCGGAGGUCCGCGCGGACCUCCGAGUUGUUUUUUUAUGUUUAUGCCACUUCUUGUUCCCCUACAUUGGGCCUCCCCUCUCCGCGCCCCUCUCUCCCUUUUUGGCGCCCCAGGCCGACUGCUCUCAAUUUGCGCGGUGCCGCCCGCGGUCUCCCUGGGGACUCCCGGUGGAGGGCGGGCGGGACCAAAAUCGGCCUGCAGGGGGACACGCCCGACCUCAGACUGGACCUCGCCACGAAGAGCGCCCGGAGGCGCCCGGCCGGGGCCUUCACACCGAGCCCACUGCACGGUGGGGCGGCGAGCCGACCUGGGCCUGCGCAGGCCAGCCUGGUUGUUGCGGAGGAGGAGGAGGAGGA